AUGACGGCAGACAAGAACCUCGAUCGUUGCAAGUCACGUGUUAUCGCUUUUCCACUUGUCGGAAUCUCAGAACGAAAGCCAGAAGACAAGAUGGCAGACCGUCAUGCUGAAGCCGCAGUUGACAUUCGCCGCCAGCCCCCCAAGUCAACGGGGUCGCGAGACAGGUACUCGGGUGUCCCAACAUCCAGGCUUCCAACAGAGAUAUAUCAAAUGAUCGUCAAACAAAUUGUCUUGCAUUAUGACAAUUGCAGCUACGAUCAAAAAGAUAUCCGCGCCAAGACUCUAUCAUCGCUAGCUUGUACUUCCACGACCCUCCAAUGUCUUACCGAACCAUAUCUCUACUCCUUUCCAGAAUACUCACGACUGAAAAGCUCUCGAGGCCUGAACCGGUUCCAGCUAUCACUGGCGGUUAGUUCUCGUCGAGAAAACCUUGUCCAGGCUCUUGAAAUCGAGUGGGGCCCUCAGAUAUCCUCCCAACUACUGGUUAUAGACAUAGCACGACGGUGCCCUAAUUUACGUACUCUCAUUUUGAAUCCUCCUGAGACGGAGUGGCAGAAGGACGAGUUCAGUCAAACCUGUAACGAUAACUUGGCUAACCUGUUCUCCGUCUGUCCCAAAGUCAGGAACCUGUGCCUGGCAACAUAUUUCCCAGAAGACUUUCCGAUACCUGAACAGGAUAGGCGGAUUGAAGAGUUUGCUGGGCAGCUUUCUCAUGUUGAUUUCAGCGGUUCGGGAUCCUGGGCCGAAAAAGCCUUAUUGCCUUAUCUGUCACCGAAUAUAAUAUCGUUCAUCAUGACAUGUCCUGAAGACGAUCUUACAGGCUUCCUCGAAAUCCUAGGCCAACGCUGUCCAGUCUUGCAGAGACUGAGACUUACGUGCUUAGGGAUAACUCCAGAAGAGCUGGCGACACUCUGCAAGGGCUUAGGUUCGACACUCAAAUUGCUGUGCCUUGACGACUUGGAUUAUAACGGAAGUGUCCUGAGCUUGUUCGUUCCCCAUAUGAAAGUCCUGGAGCAUUUGAUCCUGGGCGCAAAUUUCCCCCUACAAGGCCAGGACCUGGAGGUCAUGUCCGGCCUAUCUUGUUUGAGAACAUUUAUCUCAGACGUUCGAAACGAUAGCAUCAGCAAUUUAUUUUUGGGUGAAGCGGAUAUCGACUUGAAUCGCGCUGUGGCUAGCUUCCUCUCUGCGCACAGGACGACACUGGAGACGAUGUGGAUAGCUUCACUCCACAACUGGGACAGUGAUGUCUUUGAGAACUUGAAGCUUGUGCCAAACCUGGGUUCCGUGGGUCUGUCGUUCAUGGAAGGACUUGAGAGACAAGAUAUUGAUGAUCUUUUAAAGGCGUGCCCUAAGCUUCAAGAGGCCUUAGAUCUUGAAGAACGUCUUGAUGGGAUGUUUAAUGGUGGAACUAACUCGCAUAACCUGUCGAUUGGGUUUCAAUACAGUAAAUGGUGGAUGGAAGAUCCACCCGGAACUGGAUAG